CCAGCGCCGAACCCGACGUCCCCGACGUCCCCCCUCGCGCCCUACCCGCCGCUCCCUGCGCCCGAGCACCGCAGCCGCGCGCCCGAGUUCUACGGGUUCGCGGUGUGGUCGACGACGUACGUGCUCUUCGCGCUGUACGUUCUCUGGGCGCUCCUCCCCGACGCGUGGAUCCGCCGCGCGGGCGUCGCGUGGUACCCGAACCGGGAAUGGGCCCUGCUCGUCCCCGCGUGGACGACCGUCGUGGUCCUGCUGACCUACACCACGCAUCUCGCCCUCGCCCUGCGCAACACGCCCGCCUUUUCCGACCUCCGCACCCUUACAGGCACGUCCCCUCCCCUUCCGUCCAUCCAUCCCCGCCGCGACGGCCCAUCCCCAUACCACCCCCACGCCCACCCCGACGCCAUCCCCGCAGCCUUCGACAUCCCGAUCGGGCUCGUCAACCGCGUCCUCUACCACCGCCCGCGC